CCAUCACCUACUCAUGUACUUUUGGGCAAGCGGCUUAACCUCUGUGGGCCCCAGUGUGUGAGCCUUGCAUUAAAAUGGUAAGGAUGAGAUGAUCAUGAUAGGAGUCUCUAGGAAAUCACCUCUCUGAGGCACCCAUUAUGAAUGGUGAGCUUGGAGAAGGGGUCCGGUCUAGGGUCCUAGAGAGAGAGAACAUCCAUCGUCACCACGCCCGGAGACCACUGUCCUCACCGGUCUGGUUUGCAGGCGUGGCGGAAGGGGAUGGAUAAGAUCUGUACUCGCGCUCUCAGCCCUCUCUUUCGCCCUUGUAUCUGCUAAUCUCGCUCCUUUCUGUAGCCAUCUCUUCCUCUCCCUGUACUCAGAGGCUCUCCCCUUUGCGUCGCCGCCUCUGGCCCCUCCAUCAAUGCGAGCGCCUCCCAAUCCCUCCUCCUGGUCCCUCCUCCCCUCGCCGGUAAGGGGGCAGCAAGCGCAUGCGCAAUCGUGCCCCUCCCUCUCCGCCCCCACCCCCCCGUCGGCGUCUGGGCCUCGUCCCCUUCUCUCUGUCUCCCUCGCCUGCCCCAUCACGUCCCCUGACACCGACACCCCAUUGCUCCCACAGUCCCCCCAGUCUCCACUUUGGUCCCCAGCGCUGUCCGCCCGAGGAUUUGCCUGAAAGCUGCCCCCAACUCUGCACCUGCCCCCCGAGGGCCACCAAGGACCAUGACUAAGACAGAUCCUGCCCCGAUGGCCCCGCCGCCCCGAGGAGAGGAGGAAGAAGAGGAGGAGGAGGAUGAGCCCGUCCCCGAGGCCCCCAGCCCCACCCAGGAGCGCCGACAGAAGCCUGUUGUGCACCCCUCGGCACCUGCCCCCCUCCCUAAGGACUACGCUUUCACCUUCUUCGAUCCCAAUGACCCGGCGUGCCAGGAGAUCCUGUUUGACCCUCAGACCACCAUCCCCGAGCUGUUUGCCAUUGUGCGCCAGUGGGUGCCCCAAGUUCAGCACAAGAUAGAUGUCAUCGGCAAUGAGAUUCUGCGCCGAGGCUGCCAUGUGAACGAUCGUGACGGGCUGACCGACAUGACACUGCUCCACUAUGCGUGCAAGGCUGGGGCCCACGGAGUCGGGGACCCCGCGGCAGCCGUACGCCUCUCGCAGCAGCUGCUGGCGCUGGGCGCAGAUGUGACCCUGCGCAGCCGCUGGACCAACAUGAACGCGCUUCACUACGCGGCCUAUUUUGAUGUGCCCGACCUCGUGCGUGUGCUGCUGAAGGGCGCGCGGCCGCGAGUGGUGAACUCCACGUGCAGUGACUUCAACCACGGCUCAGCCCUGCACAUCGCUGCUUCUAGCCUGUGCCUGGGCGCCGCCAAAUGUUUGCUGGAGCACGGCGCCAACCCUGCACUGAGGAAUCGAAAAGGACAGGUGCCGGCGGAGGUGGUCCCAGAUCCUAUGGACAUGUCCCUGGACAAGGCAGAGGCGGCGCUGGUGGCCAAGGAGCUGCGGACACUUCUGGAAGAGGCGGUGCCGCUAUCUUGCGCCCUCCCCAAGGUCACGCUACCCAACUAUGACAACGUCCCAGGCAAUCUCAUGCUUAGCGCACUGGGCUUGCGCCUGGGAGACCGCGUGCUGCUGGAUGGCCAGAAGACGGGCACACUACGGUUCUGUGGGACUACGGAGUUUGCCAGCGGCCAGUGGGUGGGCGUGGAGCUGGACGAGCCUGAGGGCAAGAAUGAUGGCAGCGUUGGGGGCGUUCGGUACUUCAUCUGCCCCCCCAAGCAGGGUCUCUUUGCCUCCGUGUCCAAGAUCUCCAAGGCAGUGGACGCACCCCCCUCCUCUGUCACCUCUACGCCCCGGACCCCCCGGAUGGACUUCUCCCGUGUCACCGGCAAAGGCCGCAGGGAACACAAAGGCAAGAAGAAGACCCCAUCAUCCCCAUCUCUGGGCAGCUUGCAGCAGCGUGAUGGGGCCAAGGCCGAGGUUGGAGACCAGGUCCUUGUCGCGGGCCAGAAGCAGGGGAUCGUGCGCUUCUAUGGGAAGACAGACUUUGCCCCAGGUUACUGGUAUGGCAUUGAGCUGGACCAGCCCACAGGCAAGCAUGACGGCUCUGUCUUCGGCGUCCGGUACUUCACUUGCCCCCCGAGGCAUGGGGUCUUCGCACCAGCAUCCCGUAUUCAGAGGAUUGGCGGAUCCACUGAUCCCCCUGGGGACAGUGUUGGAGCCAAAAAAGUGCAUCAAGUGACAAUGACGCAGCCCAAACGCACCUUCACCACAGUCCGGACCCCAAAGGACAUUGCAUCAGAGAACUCCAUUUCCAGGUUGCUGUUCUGCUGCUGGUUCCCCUGGAUGCUGAGGGCAGAGAUGCAGUCUUAGAGGCCCUGGACACCUGACAAAGAGACAGAGUCCCCACUAGCAUCUCCUGACACCCGAAGAGCCCUGAGUCACCCUGAGAUAGAGAUUCCCAGUAACACAUCCAGAGUAGAGACCCCUGUUAGCCAGCCCUCGAUCAUUGAGGCCCCAUUAUUAACAGAUAGCCCCAUAAUAACCCCCAAAUACAGACCCCAUUUCACCCAGAAAGAGAUUCCCUGAGUAGCACCUUCAGGCUAGUCCCUAUCCCCAACCCCACAGAGCAGAUUCCCAGAUUAACAGAUUUCCACAUCACCCCAAAUGAUGGUGACCCUCUCCACAUAACGCAUUACAACAGAACAUUCUUGAAUCACCCAACCCUGGAUCAGAAACUUCCCCAUUAACAAACACUCCCCACUAAGUCCUCUUGAAAUAAACAUAGGCCACACGCCCAAAGCAAAAGAGCAACAGACGUUCAUGUCAUUGUUCCCCAUUUAACAUCAGUCCCCUCAAGAUGUCGUGACCCCAUGGUCACCCUGAAGCCCUUACACUCCAGCCCCUCAAUCAGAGACUUCCUUCAUUAACAAAGACCCUUGUUCUUACCCCUCAAGAGAAACCCACCAUAACCAGCCCACUGUCACCCCUAAUUUACAGACACCAAAACAGUCCUGGAAGUGCUAAUUACAGGACCCCCAAGUCUUCCUACCCUCUGCACCCUCAAGAAACCCCCAGUGCCUUGUAUGAAGCCCACCCCACAUGGCCCACAGCUCCUGUGCUGGCCAGGCUCCCAGAAAAUUAUCUAUUUUUUAAGUAACGACUUCCCCCUUUGGGGAACCCCAAAAUUUGGAGGCCCCACUCUAGGACUCUGGGGAUCCCAAACCCUAGAGUACACACAUCCCAAACUCCCCUGUGCCCUCAAGUCCUACAGCCCCUAGAAGACCCCAAUGCCCUAACUCCCAGGACCCCCGAAUCAUGGAAUCCCCAAAUCCCCAGGGAAUCCCAAAUUUGAAAAUCCAAUCCCAAGCCACCAGGAAACCCAAUCAUGAGGUCGCUGUGCCUGGUAUGGAGGAGACUGCAGUCAGAAUAUGCAUUCCAGGCUCCCAGGCACCUCAAGCCCUAUUGACAGGCACCAGGAAACCCCACACAGGAAUUCCCAUCCCUGGAAACUGGAGAAUUUCAAUGCCCCGAGUCCACGGAUUUCAAGACACCAAAUUCCAAGAUCCCCAGCCCUAAGGGAACCCCAAAUCCUAAAGCCUCCAUCUCUAGUAAAUGGAAGGCCCCAAGGCCCUGAGGGGAUCCCAAAUCCUGGAACCCCGAUUUCAACCUACGUUCUAGUCACUGGCCUCAAAGGACCCCACAGCACCUGGGCCCGACCAACAGCCCGAGGGAGAACCUGAAGGCCCAGGGAGUCCAGGGCGGACCUGGGGCCCCAACCACCAAGGACAGCUCACGACUGCCCCUUCACUGCAUGUCCCCAAACUCAGCAUGACUCCUGUCCUCUUCAAUAAAGACGUUUCUAUGGC